AAUUACGUCAUUAACAGUCGCCGGUGUCACUCAUGUUGUCAAAAUGAAAUGUUUACAAUGAGAAUUAUCAUCAUUGUUUUACGUGUUUUUAAACACCAUAAAUCGUUUUAGUUAGUCGGUGAGAUGUCGGCGUUCAGCUCAGAGCUCAUUGACUACCUGGAGGGAAGAAUUUCAUUCGAGGAGUUUGAAAUACGGAGAGAGGAAAGAAAAGCUAAAUUGAAGGUAUCGAACGAAGGGCGUUCAGAGGAAGAUGAAGAGAUUGGACCAGAUGACACUCUCCCCAGCACUUCCCACGACCGCAGUCCGAGAAAAUGUUCUAAAAAACGGCCCGCAGCGGAUCCCGAGGAAGGCGUCAGCCCCUCUGUCCAGAAGGCCUUUGCCUCGAUGAUGGAGGAGGGAACAGAGACUGAACAGACUGAGGAAGAGGAGGAGGAGGAUGAAGACAACGAUGACGAUUAUGAAGAAGAGGAAGAGGAGGAUUCAGAGGAGGAGAGGAAGGUUGAAGCUAAGGGAGAUGAGGAAGGGCCCUCAGCUGGGGAUGUCUUUGCUCUGGAAAUGGAACUUAACCGAGAGAACAAGAAGAUGAUGAAGGAGAGACGUAACCGCAGCAAGCUGCCCCGGGCCCUAAGGGGCCUCAUGGGAGAAGCCAACAUCCGUUACGCCCGUGGAGACAAGGAGGACGCCGUCCUGAUGUGUAUGGAGAUCAUCAGACAGGCCCCGCUGGCCUACGAGCCCUUCUCCACCCUGGCUAUGAUCUAUGAAGACCAGGGGGACAUGGAGAAGUCUCUACAGUUUGGCCUGAUCGCUGCCCAUCUCAACCCCAGCGACUGUGAGGAGUGGGUCAAGCUGGCCGACAUGUCUCUGGAGCAGGACAACAUCAGGCAGGCCAUCAUCUGCUACACCAAAGCCAUUAAGUAUGACCCCAGUAAUGUGCGCUACCUAUGGGAACGUUGCAGCCUGUAUGAGCAGGUGGGGGAACACAAGCAGUCCAUGGACGGGUACCGUCGUAUCCUCAACCUACUGCCCCCUACUGACGGGGAGCACUUCAUGCAGCUGUCACGAGACAUGGCCAAAAGCUACUAUGAGAGUAGUGACCUGCCGUCAGCCAUGGGGGUGAUGGAGGAGGCCCUGAGGAGACACCCAGAGCUGGUGACAGACGAGAGCAUCAACAUGGCUGCUGAGCUCUACAUCGCCAACCACCAACACGACAAGGCCCUUCAGGUUCUAGUCCAGUUCUGUGGGAUCGUCCUGGAGAGAGGAGAACCUAAGCCAGACCUUGCAGAGGAGGAGAACCCAGAGGAGGAGCAGGAGAAGAUGGAAUCAGAGGAGAACCCAGAGGAGGAGCCGAAUAAGAUGGAAGCAGAGGAGGAAGAGGAGCAGAAGAAGAUGGAAACAGAGGAGGAGAACCCAGAGAAAGAAAAGGAGAUGAAAACAGAGGAGCCUGGGGAGGUUAGAGAGGUGGUAGUUCCAGACCAUGUACCAGUGGACAUCAGAGUGAAACUCAUGGUCUGUCUGAUCCACCAGCAUGUUUACAGACCUCUGGAUUCCAUGUUGACGUCUCUGAUGGAGCAGAGCCCAGAGGAGCUGGGGGAUCUGUACCUGGACGUGGCUGAGGCCUUCCUGGACCAGGGAGAGUACAACUCAGCCCUGCCUCUCCUCUCUGCCCUGGUCUGCUCUGAGAGAUACAACCUGGCUGUUGUCUGGCUCCGACACGCUGAGUGUCUGAAGGCGCUGGGCCACAUGGAGGUAGCAGUGAAGAGUUACAACAGGGUAGUACAGAUGGCUCCUCUUCACCUGGAGGCCAGGCUGUGUCUGUCUACUCUGCAGCAGCAGCUGGGGCGACCUCUCUGUGCCCUCAAGGCCCUGGAGCCCAUGUACGACCCAGACACACUGGCACAGGACGCCUCCGCAGCACAGCAGGAGUUGAAGCUGCUGCUACACCGCUCUACUCUCCUGCGUUCCCAAGGCCGACUGGAUGACUACCUGGAUACCAUGCUGACCAUGCUGGCUAUGCUGCUGAAGGUGGCUAUGACGCGGGCCCAGGUGUGUGUCAAAGCCAGAAUGUGGGCGGGGGUCAGACACCUGCGUCUGGUCAAGGUGUCUAAGGACCUGGUGUCAGACAUCCACGACCAGGAGGCAGCCUACCAGGACAUCAGUGGUAAGACCAGUGUGUUGUCUCGUGAGGACUGGUGGUUACUGUUGGUGAGGUGUGUGUGUACCCUGUGUGAGAUGAAACGUUUUAAAGAGGCAGAGCUGCUGGUAGACUCUUCUCUGGAGUUCUACUCCUUCUAUGACGUCAAGGUGAAGAGGAAAGAGCUGGAGUUCUUUGGUCUGUCGGCUGCUUUCCUGGACCAUAACUACCGCAAGGCCUACGAUUACAUCAGACUGACGCUGAUGGAGAAGCAGGAGUGGCCCAUGCUGUGGAAUGUAUUCAACCAGGUGACCCUUCACUCCCAGGACGUGCGUCAUCAUCGGUUCUGUCUGCGUCUGAUGAUGAAGAACCCAGACAACCACGCCCUGUGUGUUCUCAGUGGACACAACGCACUGGUGUCUGGCAGCUUCAAACACGCACUCGGUCAGUAUGUUCAGGCGUUCAGGUCUAAUCCAGAUGAACCUCUGUACAGUCUGUGUGUUGGCCUCACCUUCUUCCACAUGGCGUCUCAGAAGUUUGUGGUUAAACGCCACCCGCUGAUAUUGCAGGGAUUCUCAUUCCUGUGGCGUUACGUGGAGCAGCGUGGGCCCUGCCAGGAGAGCAUGUACAACCUGGGACGGGCCCUGCAGCAGAUGGGCCUGGCACACCUCGCCAUUCACUAUUACCACAAGGCUCUCAGCUUCCCUCCUCUUACACUAGAGGGUAUUGCGGAUGACCAGGUAGACCUGCGUAGAGAGAUAGCCUUCAACCUGUCAAUCAUCUACCAGGCCAGUGGAAACACUGAGAUGGUACGACACCUCAUCAACACAUACUGCACUGUAUAAUGACCUAUCAGGUCCUCAUUACUGAACUGUAUAACGACCUAUCAGGCCCUCAUUACUGAACUGUAUAACGACCUAUCAGGUCCUCAUUACUAAACUGUAUAACGACCUAUCAGGUCCCAUGUGAUGUGUAUUAGGAGACAUAAUUGAUGGCAUAAAAUAGUGUUUCCCCAAAUAUGUUUUUCUGCAGCAGUGGCAAAGUUAGUGUAGUGGGUGUGGCCAAUGACACGGUCUCUCCGACCGAAAAUGAGCAGAGAUAUUUUGGUGUUUUAAAGCUAAUUUGCUGCAAUUCUACACAUUUUGUCAUGGUGCUAAGAGAAAAAUGCUUAGUUUAAAAACAAAUGUCCUGCAAUUCUACACAUUUUGUCGUGGCUUAUGCCUUGUUCUUAUGCUAUCUGAAUGACUCAAACAUUAUAACACAAUCAAUGGGGGCCCCAUGACAUGAUAUUUGGGGAAUUUUUGAUUCUCCCUGACUCUAGUUUUUAUUUUGGUGAUUAUAUUUUUUGUUCUCAAAGAUAAUCUUUGUACUGCAGCGCCAGCUGUGCCACCAGAGACUCUGGGUUCGCGCCCAUGCUCUGUCGUAACCGGCCGCGACCGGGAGGUCCGUAGGGCGAUUGGCCUAGCGUCGUCCGGGUUAGGGAGGGUUUGGCCGUUAGGGAUAUCCUUGUCUCAUCGCGCACCAGCGACUCCUGUGGCCGGGCCGGGCGCUAACCAAGGUUGCCAGGUGCACGGUGUUUCCUCCGACACAUUGGUGCGGCUGGCUUCCGGGUUGGAUGGCUCUGUGUUAAGAAGCAGUGCGGCUUGGUUGGGUUGUGUAUCGGAGGACGCAUGACUUUCAACCUUCGUCCCGUACGGGAGUUGUAGCGAUGAGACAAGAUAGUAGCUACUAAACAAUUGGAUACCACGAAAUUUGGGAGAAAAGGGGGUAAAAUAAAAUAAAAAUUUAAAAAUAAUAUAAUCUUUUAAAAAAUAUAUCUCUCCAUUAGCUUUUCUACAUAGAAUGCAUAUAGGGGAAACACUGUAAUGUCAUGUGAUGUCCUGACCAAUACCAUAGGAAUACUAUUACACUGUAGGAUGUGUAGGAAGUCAUAUAUACCAUAGGAAUACUAUUACACUGAAGGAUGUGUAGGAAGUCAUACCGUAGGAAUACUAGAUGUAUCCAGGGGUCACAUUUAAAAUCACCCCAGUCGGUUACAUCCGAUGUAAAAAUGGAAACAUGUUUUGUAUAUGUUGUUGUUGUUGUUGUUGUCAACAACACCUUAUGUUUACUCUGACUUGUGUACAUAUAUUUUGUAGAAAAAUGUAUUUGAAUACACUGAAAUAAAAAAAUAUGCUUAUUAA